CUGAAUUAAUAUUAACCUAGUGUUCGUUACAGUUGAACUACCUCUCAUAUUUGUAUAUUUUGCUAUUUGUAAGCCCCAUUUCUAACUCAAUAAUCUAUUAAACUGAAAUUAAUCCAUAAAUGACUGGUGAGCAUGUUUGCUCAGCCCAGCCAGCCUCCCCCCAACUCAUUCUCUACUCCAUCUUCUACAACUGGCUCACCAUCUAAGGAAUCCUAUAUCAGUUUUCGAGCAUCAAUGAAACCAGGCAAGAUCAAUUUGGUAAACCUGCUCCUCCUGAUGGUGACUUCCCCUCUCCACCUCCAGACUCUGAGCUCCAGGAAAGACAGGAGAAAUGGCAUGUCCACAGAGUUUGGGAGCUGUCUGGGGAGGAAAUACUCUAGGGAAUGUUUUAGGUGGUGCAAGAGGAGACAUUGGCAACUGUUGAAGAAGUGGAGGAGAGAAACACACAGGAGGUGGCGGUGGAGGAGGCUCCUCCUCUUGGCUAAAUAUGCAAUAGUUUAUGGUGCAUGUUGUAUAUGUUUCUACAUAAACAUACAGCUAAUUCUCUUCACAGGAUGGCCUGUUAUGUUGAAUAUCAAUCUUGCUGCAGACACUGCGAUAUCAGCAUCUAUUGCUGAAAUGAAUGAAAGAUCUCUCGCCUUCAGCCUGUACAGGGCAACUUACAAGGAUGUUAUUCAGAUCAAGCAAGUGGAUUUCAAUACUUAUGACCUCAUCAUUAACUUUGGUAUAAGGGAGACAAUGUGUCUUAAACCUCUGACAGUAUCCCUAGACAGAUGUCAGUUCAAGUGGGGACUCUCCAAGGUAAAACAUAAAACCUACUUCUCUUUCACUGCAGUUAUAAGAAUCAACACAAACGAAGUGAUCCCCAUGUGAUAUUCUCUCUGUCUCUUUCUGUCUCUCUAGCCUGUGCACAGGUGUAGUAGUUAUGUCCGUGUUUCAGGUGGGGUCAUUUCUCUAAUGGGGAUGAGCUGUAGUGUGCAUGCAGUAAGCUCCAGCAGUGAAGAGCUGUAACUGCAGUAAGACAUGCUGUGAUCAGACGGAUCUCUGAAAUGAAAGUGAGAAAUACAACAAACAGCUGCAAAAUUCACAAUUCUUCUGUGAAUGUUCUUGUUUGCAUAUACCAUAGGGAAAAAUAAAGAUGACAAAGUAUACUUUAUAGCAACAAGACAUUUAGUAUGUUGGGUUUCAAAUGUCAUUUCACACGUAACAAAAUGGUACAAUCUUGUAGUUUAAAAUACUAGUAGUAAAAAUUAAAAUAAUGUCAGUUCCUAAGGUUGGAGCUCCCUCUCUUAGUAUGGUAGAAAUAGUCCCUAAUUACCUGAACACCCACACUAUGAUUUUAUUAGUGACUCCAAACUCUUGUGUCUACAUUUUUUUAACCCAGGAAUCAGUAACUGAACCGAUGUUUGUGUUUAUUUAUCAUGUACGAUGAGUUUGGAAUCAGAUUUCCUAAAAAGCUGUUAAUGAAAAUAUAAAAUUGACAUGUUUGUUAUUGCUAACCAUUUAAAAUGCGGAUUCUCACAAGUACCAAAACAACAGACACGUGGAAGAAAACAGCACUGGCACAGCUUACUGCAUGAUUUACAUAUUUAUAUUGUUCAGUUUUUAUGUAACAUUUACUUCCCCAUUUAUCUUAUCUUGAGCACUCCUGACUUUAACAAUCAUUAUUAGCAAUGUGUAAUCUAAAUUCCCUCCUUAUUUACACCAAAAACAGAUAUAAAUUAUGUAAAUGAAUGGCUGUUUUAAAAUGAUAACAUCAUAAGAUUAGAUUUAGGCAAAAAAUUCUUGCUCUGUUCCAAAUGUUCCUUAAGUGUGCACCGGCUAAAGUGCUCUCAGCUUGAAUAAUCAAUGAAGUCAUUAAAAAGUGAAUUGAAUCACAGUUUAUUAUUUACCUUUACUUAAAGUAAAAUGCAGACUUGUUCCAGGCCACUGAUUUUACUGUGAUAGAGGGUAGAAAUUUGAACUAGGCCAUGCAUGCAAAAUAUUUUGUUUCUUGUAUUCUCUGGUAAAGAGAAAAAUAUAAAAACCGGACAUGAGAAGAACUUUGGUUCAGUACUAAAGAAGGGUGCGGUGAGAAAGACCAUUUCUUCCUGAUAGUCACAAAGCUAACAGAAGAUGUUAAAGUCAGGAAGAGCUGCGGUAU